UUUGCUCUUUUUUUUUUUUUUUAAUCCACGAGAAGAAAGUAGGAAAGAGAAAGGCCAAAAAAAAAAAAGAAAAAAGAGGAGAGUCUGGACAGAUUUUUUUAAAGUUCGUAUAAAGGGGGUCAAUAAACUCAAUCCAAAGAGGAUGGAGAAGGACCAGCCGGAUUCUUUGGCAACGGUUGCUGUCGUCUCGGAGAAGAUGCCGCAGACGCACAGUCAUUAUGCACCUAGCGAAGUCUAUUCCUCUGCCGAACCACCACCGGCAUACAUGAGGCCACCGAUGAAGAAUACGGCGGUUCAGAUCGCAAGGAUCGCCGCUAUCACUUUGAUAACAAUUUCGAUUAUCCUUGGAAGUUUCAUCCUUACUUCAUCUUGGAUUCAAGCUCGUAUGUCCUGUACACCAGAAGCUAUGGCGGCUAUGCAAGCUGAAAUGAAGUUUCAACAACAACAACAACAACAACAGGGCGAAUUAUUGAAACAUCUGCAACCGGAGGCUCUCAUUCAGGAUCCCAUUGAAGCAAAGGAAAGUUUACAAAGUCUUGCAGAAACGACUAAGAAGGAAAAUGAAGUAAAUACUAAAGAUAUGAAGGUUCAAAAAGAAGAGGAUAAUGCUUCGAAAUCCGACAAUGAAAAUGGCGAUCGCGAUGAGGACGACGACGAUUACGACGACGAUCAGUUUCCCCCUGUGCAUAUUAAACUUCCUCUUCAGCUCGAUUUGGAUGAUAUCGCUGGAGCACUGAUGCAACAAGCACGAAGUAGAGUUUCCUGUGUAGUUGAAAGACGAAGAGCCGAUGAAGUAAUGGACGGAACUAACGACAACGGACUGGAUAACAGUACCGAUCCUCAACGCUUCCAAAGAUUAAGCGGUGAACGCGUUGCUAUCCUUUGUGAAUCAGGCAAUCCUAAUCAGGAGCAACAGGAGCAAGAAAUGCUUACUCCGAUCAUUGUUCCAUUAGGAACUGUACAAAUUCCCCUUCAAUCGCAAGAACCUAAUCCGAAUUAUCAUCAGUAUCAAAUUCACACACAAUAUCAAGUUCCUGAUAUGCAACAAUUGCCGUUAAGCGAUCCACGAGGCUUAAAUCAUAUACCACCUAAUGUCCUUCCUGCUGAACUACGUAAUCUUCCUCAACUAACAAUGGAAAUGAGACCACCGCGAAUGGGCCCGCAAGCUCCAAUGAUGGGACCUCAAACUGGUGCAACAGGACCACAGAUUGAAAUGCGUCAAAUUCCAAUCGAAUUACGUCAUUUCCCAAUGGACCCAUCAAGGAAUAUGAGACCACCGAUGCCACAAGAACAACGUCAAGAACCACACCAAAUACCGAUUAUGUAUCAACAACCUGAUCAAAAUCUUGAAAUGUAUGGUCAAGAACAGCAGGGUGCAGCUAUGAUGCCACCACCACCACCACCACCACCAUCGCAUACUGAACAACAAAUUCCUGAACAAAGAGUAUUGCCCCAAAUUAUCGUACCACAAACUGAACAAAGAAUGCCCAUGCAACCGCAAGUCGUUCCAGAAAGACCACAUUCGCCUUUCCAAGGAAUACCUAUAGAAAUUAGAAGGAUUAUUCAACAAGUACCCUUAGAAAUAAAGAACAUAAUCCAACAUAUUACGGGAGAAGCUCGACCAGUACCAAUACAAGUUUCCGAAGGAGCACGACGAGAGAAUACACAAGAAUUCAAACCAUUCCCUGAAACAACACGACCUAUUAUACCUAUGGGAUCAUUCCCACUUCCCGUCGAAGUAAGAAAUCUUUUGGAACAUGGAAAUAUUGAAGGACGACGACGAGAGGAUGCCUCUAAUGAGCAACAAGAAGCUAAACCCUUCCCAGGUCCAGAGGACGAGGGUGAAGAAGUUGAGAAGAACUUUCCUGUACCUGCUGAAAUUCGUAAUAUAAUACAUCAAGUUGUAGAGGGACGUGCAUUCCCUGUACCAAGGUUCACUUUACCUUUGAGACCUGUAGAAUCAUUGGAAGUACCAGUCGAAGCUCGUGCUGAAGUUAGUGACGGCAGUGAAUCGGAACAUCAACAGCAAGAGCAACAACCAAUGCAUACUGUAAUUCAACAACAACAACAACAACAACAGCAACAACAACAACAACAACAACAACAACAAUCGCAACAGCAACAACAGCAACAAGAACGAGAAGAAGAGAAUCGACCACAUUAUGUUCAACCACGUUCUGUACGUUCAAUUCCUGAACCAUUUGCCCAUCGUCGAGAAAAACGUGUACGUCGUUGCGCUUGUGAUUGUGCUUGCUAAUUUUGUCAAAUUUGACGAGUUUAACGCUUUUUCGGGGCUAACUUAAACAUUUAUCUAUCUAUCUAUAUAUAUAUAUUUAUGUAUAUAUUUACGCGUAUAUAUUUGUUAACAUUUAAUGAAAUUCUAAUGCCCUGAAGUAAUAUUCUUUUUAUUAAAAACAUGUAGCUAACCGCGUCGUUGUUCUUUCAUAUCUAGAAUUUCCUAGAAUUGGAGGAAAUUGCGGAUCAUACUAUUAGUUGAAACGAUAUGUUUAGAAGAAUCAUACAAGAAUUAUAAGCGAUUUAAGAUAAUAAAAUAGAAGUUUCAACUAGAAAUAAAUAAAUAAAUAAAUAAAUAUAUAUAUAUAUAUAUACACACAUAUAUAUAUUAAUAUAUCACUAAAUAGAUGUAUAAAUCAAGAUUGCGUAACGAUCGUACGUAAUAAAAUAAUCGAAACAUUGACGACUCGUUAAAACAUUUGCGAAAGAUUGAAAUUGAUAUUUUUCUUAUAUUAACAUGCUCAUUAUUGCGGCAAAUACAUUAGUUGUAUGUUCACAUACAUUUUGUCAUGAUUAAAAACUGAGCUCAUUGAAAAGAAAAGAAUACGAAGUGGAAGCAAUUGAUUAUUAUUGUUCAUUAAAAGUUAUUAUUUGUAUCACCGAAUAAUCCCAUUCCAAUAAUUAACUUAAUGUUGAUUUAUUAGUAUAGGUUCAUAAUUGAUAUGGUUUCGAUAAACUUUAAUUAAUAUUAACAGCAAUUAUUUUAAUAACUUCAUUGUACCCAAUUAUUUUCCCCAAUCAAAAAGAUUAAAUAAACAUCGACAAUUUUUCUAUACAAAUCGA